AUGGAGGGGAUGGAGGGGGCAUCUGAGUCACAGCCCGGCCCUGCCUAUCAAUAACCCAGCUGGGUUUAAGCCUUGCGAUGCCAACCAGCCCCGGGAAUCUGGGUCUGUAGGACCAUGUCGGACUACAGCUCCCAGCGAACCGUGCGUGUAGCGGGGACGGGAGGAGGGAACGCGAACGGGAGAGGAGAGCAACGGGGAUUUACUGCGCUGCUGUGCACGCAGGAAAACAAAACAAGAGUGGCUGCUGUUCGGCGUGGAAAGUUACCGGGGGGCCGUGGGGAGGGAGCGCCUGUUUUCAUCCGCGUCCCGGAUUUCUCCAUUUACCUCCACGGGACGAUAAUCCCUAAAUCCCAACGAGAUUAAAGGCACCAAGAAAGCAGAAGGUCCGGAAGCCCUCCCGUGGCCAUGGCACUGGUGAAGAGCGGAUGGCUUUGGAGGCAGAGCUCCAUCCUGCGCCGUUGGAAGAGGAACUGGUUUGUGCUCUACCUGGAUGGCAGCUUGGUGUACUACCACGACGAGACGCAGCGCGACAUGGACGGCCGCAUCCACAUCAAGUACAGCUGCCGCGACGUGCGGACCGGCCGCGAGUGCCGCGACGUGCAGCCCCCCGAGGGGAAGAGCCGUGAGUGCCUGCUGACCAUCGUGCUGCGGGACGGCUCCAAGACGAUGCUGUGUGCUGAGAGCGAGGACGACGCCAUUGCUUGGAAGAUGGCGGUGCUGGAGGCGAAAUCCACCCCGGUGCAUGUCUAUGACCCCUACGACGACGACUACUACCAGACGGUGCCCAUCGACUCCCACCAGACUGCCUACAUCAGCUCUGGCCACUACGGCCACCAAUAUGGAGCCCCCGGGGUGACCCACGUCAUCGUGCGCGAGGAUCCCUACCGCGUCUCCGGGGACCAGAUGGCCUUGGGGCUGCUGGCGGGGGCUGCCACUGGUGCAGCCCUGGGCUCCUUCAUGUGGAUGCCAUGCUGGUUUUAGCGGACCCUUUGGCUCCCCAGCCCGAGGUAACACACCCCUGGCUUGGCACCCAGCAAAAAUCAACCUUCUGGGACAAAGGGAACAAACCCAUCCCACCCACCCACAGCUUUUGCAUCAGAUAACCCACACGAACCCCAAAACCCAAGCCAAGACCCUUCGCUGCCCCAGGGAAGCUGUUUGGGGAUGGGAGGAUGCGGCUCCGCAGCCCAACACCAUCCGCCACCCCAAAUCUCCAGCUGCAGAAAUACCUGAAGCUUUUUGGGGGAUGAGUUUGGAGGGGUGCUGCUCCCAGCGGCCACUGUGGGGAGGCAGACAGGUUCUCCUUACAAAACUGCUUCUUUGAAGGGUCUCUUAGGGGGAGGCUCCAGCACCUUCCCCAAAACUGCAGCCCUGAGGAAGGGAGAAACCAAUCUGCAAAUGCCCAGGGUAGGAAAUGGGCACAGGGCAGGUGUGAGUGGCAAGAGAAUAGAGGGUUUGAGUGCAAGGGGGGGAUGAGAACCAUUAUCCCAUACCCAGAGACCCCCAGAUACAUGAGCAGCUCCAUGCCUUGGUCUGGCUUUCAGGCUCACUCCAGUCCCUGGGGCUGAGCAGACUCAGAAACUGGGGAUAAACCCUUGGGAACUUGAAUCAACAACCCAGCAAUUGGGAUGGGAAGACAAGAACUGGGAUGGGAACACCAGGAAUUGAACUAAGAGUGCAGAAAUUGAGAUGGGAAUCCCAGGAAGUGAGGUGGGAACCCAGGAAUUGGGAACUCCAGAAAAUGGGAUGAGAACACCAAAAGUGAGAUAGCAACGCCAAGAAGUGAAACAGGAAUCCAGGAACCAGGAUGGGAACACAGAAAUUGAGAUGGGAACCCCAGGAAGUGAGAUGGGAACUUAAGAAAUAGGACUGGAAACCAGGAAUUCAAAUAGGAACCCUGGAAUUGGGAUGGGAACCCAAGAAUUGGGAUGAGAAGAGCCUCGGUCGCAAUGGGGCUUCCCCAGGCAGCACCUGGCAGCAGCAGCUCCAGGAGGGACACACAGCACUGAGGUUUGGGGGAAUGGGAAGAGCUCCUCAGGCACCGAGCCCCUUCCUGGCCACUGCUGUGGGGCUUUAGUUUGGGGUUGAUGCAUGGGGACGGUCACUUAGGAUGGCCCUGACCCAGGGCAGUGCACCAUGGGGCCACAUCCACACACUGGGCAGCACCAGGAGCAUCACUGCAAGAACUCUGAUAUGAAAUAAGCAGCUCAAGAAUUCCAAAAAAGGACUGAAAACCACAAGUAGGAAACCAACAGCAGCACCAGCAACCGGCCCAUUCUGUGGGCAAAGCUUCGUCUCCUCGGGGCUCGGGGUGUCCCCAGAUGUCCCCCUCAUCCUUCCCCCGGCCUUCCUGACAUCGCCACUGCUGCAAACCCCAUCCUGCAACCACUGUUUUUUGGAGAAAAUUGAAAUAAAAAAGCUAAUAAAGGUGGCCCCAAUGAGA